AUGUCUAAAUCUGAAAAGAAGGAAAGGGCAGAAACUACAAUCAAAGAAAUGGGAUUACAAGAUGCCAUUAACACAAGAAUUGGAGGAUGGAGUGUAAAAGGUCUUAGCGGAAGGCAAAAGAGAAGAGUAAGCAUUUGUAUUGAAAUCUUGAUGCCUCCAAAGCUUUUCUUACUUGACGAGCCUACAGUGGAUUGGACAGUGCAGCUUUCUUACCAUUUUAUGAGUCGGAUUAACAAAAACGCCCAACAAGACAAAAGAACUGUAAUUGAGUCCAUUCAUCAGCCAAGUAGAAGUAUUUAG